AUGAAGCUGGCGAUUUUGUUUUUUUGUAAGUUUUUUUUGUUGUAAACAAUAGGCUUUUUAAGGUUAACAUGAUGGUUUUUUUUGUAUUUUGGGCUUGAAAUAAGGUAAAAUUGUUAAAUUUAGGUAACAAAAAUUUUUUUUUGUAAAAAAAUUACCGUAUUUUAAAAAUAGCAUGACUUAUGAAUUCUAAUCUUAUUUAUGGUUAAUAUACUACCAAUUUUUUGGCUAUUCAAAAAAUUUUAAAAACUAAAAAAAUUAAAAAAAAUUUAAAAAAUGAGAUUUCAGGUUUAUGCGCAGUAGUAAUUGGACUGAUCAGACCUAAGAGGCAGACCUAUUACUAUCCAGAAGAGCUACGAAAAUACGCACGGCCGCACGCUGGGACAAAGUUCUACCAAGGCACGGUAGGACGGUACGCUCCGCAGGAUUGGCCUUCAUGGUACGUUGCUUUACCGACAUAAAGAACCCGCCAUACUUUUACUGUAAUUUCCUGUAAAAAAUGGCGGGUUCUUUAUGUCAGCACCUAAUAGAAACUUUGUCUUAGCUUUUUUAAGUACUGUAUCACUUAAUUUCAUAGUACUAUCUGGACUUGGCUUUACGAAAAUGUAGAACCUAGUUUCAUAGUACUAUCCAGACCGUAAUGUAACAUCAAGAUCAUGUUUCAUACCUAUUAGGUGCCGACAUAAAGGACCCGCCAUUUUUUACAAAAAAUUACAGGAAAAGUAUGGCGGGUUCUUUAUGUCGGCACCUAAUAAGUCAUGAUGGUGUCUAAUUUUUCCGACCCCCGCCCCCAGGGUAAAAGUCCCUGCCCGGCCCUGUGCACAUCCCUAAUAGUUAAACUCUAAUUUCCAGGUACACACGCACAAUAUUCAAAUGGAGCGGUGAUUCUCGUAUGGGACCCUACCAUCCCAACGACGUCAGAUACCUAGCAUACCAAAAAGCUCGCAUGCGCGAUCCAUAA